AUGCCCAACAGAAAGGCUGAAGGGGAUAUUAAGGGCAAUAAAGCCAAGAUGAAGAAUGAACCACAGAGGAGAGCCGCAAGGUUAUCUGCUAAACCUGCUCCUCCAAAGCCAGAGCCUAAACCUAGAAAGAAUCCUGCAAAGAAGGAAGAGAAGGUACCCACAGGGGAAAAGGGGAAGGUUGAUUCUGUCAAGGAUGGGAACAACCCCACAGUAGAUGGAGAUGCCAAAACUGACCAGGCACAGAAAGCUGAAGGUGCUGAAGAUGCCAAGUGA